UUAUUAAUUAGUAAUCACUGAGCUGUUAAACGGUGAACGUUGUGCCUUGUGUGAUUUAUGGGAACGGUCUCGUUUAGCGAAUAGAAGCACCACAACAGUGCUGCAGCGCCGCGUAGAAUCGGUGGACGGGAAUCGGCGUGUGAUCAAUGCGCUCUGCGACGCGGGUGGCGAAAAGCAUCUAAAAUAGUUUUCCUUCUAGAGAGUUUAACGAUUGCAGAUCAUUGCAGGAAUGAAGCGCACGGAAAACUCUAGCAGCGCGAAAUAAAUUGCAAAUAUUGACGACCAUCACCACCCCCGCAAGUAAAAACGUUUCAUCCAACCAUGACAGAUGUACCACAGCCGCCAGACUACUGGCAGUUGCGAUACUUCCUGUACUUGGAAUCACCAUCGUCAAUCGGAUCUACAAGCUCCAACAGGCAGCCAUAUUCCCACGAACCGGACAAAAUGCUCUCUAGCUGGGACCUGUCGGCACCGGUACCGAUGUCGGAAAAUAUGUUAUCAAAUGCCGAGCAGACGCAACUGCUACUGUACGACAUCCUAAUCCCGUUGCUUGGCUCGUUGAUAAUCGUGAUGAACGUGGCCGUAGUUACGUCCAGUUUGUUGCUUCUCCGAAAAGGUCAACAGCCAUACACGACGUACUUGUUUCUGGGAAACGUAGCAGCAUCGGAUCUGCUGACGGGAUUUGCAGUUUUGUAUGGACAGUAUGCACCGAAGGAAAUCCGAGGCGAAGACAACUGUGCCAUUUUGAUAGGAUUAAUUGUAUCCACCACCAUUGUAUCUGUGUACAGCAUAGGAUUGAUCGCAAUCGACCGGUACCUGUACAUCGUCUAUGGUCUGCAAUACCAGCGCUAUAUCACACCCAGCCGGGCGAAACUUUUAAUCGCUGCAACCUGGCUCAUCGGUCUUAUCAUCGGCUUUCUGCCCGCUUUCGGUUGGCGUGGCGAUACGGAUGGUGGACGCGUAUGCUGGUUUGUCCGUUUGGCACCGCCAGCUCUCAUUAUACUGACCACCGUGGUGGGAAUAAUCCCUCUGAUUGUGGUCAUUGUUCUGUACAGCAUCAUUCUGCAGAAAGCCCUCCGACGGGUGGCCCAGCUGAAAAAAGCCGGUCUCGAGCAACAGGGUGCUCUGGCUGGCAAUUUACGAUUAUUUCGAGGAGGCGGAACGGCAGCUGCUAGUGCUCCUGUGGCAGCUGAGCAACCCCUGGCUGAUGAGCAUCGCAAACCAACGAAAUGUUUCCGAUGCUGCAAAAAACGCUCCCCCAAGACGAUUGACGGCCGGAACACCGGAAAGCAUCCGACCAAGUGGAAAGCCAUCAAGGUGGUCAUGCUCACGACGGGAUGUUUCGUCGUGACGUGGCUGCCAUAUUUCAUCGCUAGCACCAUGUUCGUCCUGUGUGACCCAAAAACGAAUCAGGACCUAUGCCGUGGUCUACAGUUUGCCAUCGCCAGCCCUUUGGCCAUUCUCGGAUUCACCAACAGCCUUCUAAAUCCCCUUAUCUAUGCCUGGUGGCACAACGGUUUCCGAACAUCGAUGAAGAAGCUGUGGAGAAAAAUGUGCUCCUGUUGCUGCCAGCCAUGUGACAAUAAAUCAUUCUCACAAGAUCCGGCACAAGAGUCAUCGGCAAGAACGGCAUCCUCUACCACCGGUAGCAACCGUGCAGUCAUCGGCACCACUUCCGACGUCGUCAUUGGCGGGAACGGUGCUAGCCAGCAGUCUCGAAGUUCAGAUGCUACGACAUCAACAACUACCAACACCUCUUUUACUGCCAGCCCCCAGUAUCGUAUAUCAAGGAGCAACAACACCAGCAACAGAUCGAUGCCCACGUACAACAGCAACACCAGUGACCUGGAAAAUCGAAUAACUGACACGGACAUCGAUCGUUCGGUGCAGACGAGACUGUGAAAAGAAUAAAGGAAGCACACGAGUGGUUUUCUCGUUUCCUAGAUUACAUUUCUAAGAAGCUUGAUGUACACACGUGUGUAAUGAGAUAUUCUUUGUAUGUUUGUUCAUAUAUGCUUUGUAUGUGUGUGGAAAAACAAGUGAAAAAUUGCGUUUAUGA